AUGUCGACAUUUGUGCAAAAAGCAGAGGAAGUGAUGACGAGGAAGCAGCCCGAUGGGGACAGCUCCUCAAAUUAUGGAUCUCAUAAUUCAGAUUCAGAUCCAAGUAAUAAGGCCGAUACACAAGUGAUUAGUGAUAAAGAAAAUCAUGGAGCCAAUUUCAGCAGAUUUUCUGGCGAUGAUAAUCUCGAUUCAGUCAGACACUACGGCAGCAACGACACUUCUGGCCCGCAUGACUCUAAGGUCGCAAAUAAGCUCGACCCUCGGGUUGACUCCAGCAAAGAUGACAAAAAUAUCCCUGGUUGGAUGAUCGCGUGAAUGCUGGCAUUAGUGGACAGAAAAACAUUGUAACGGGUAUAAUUGAGAGGUUGGG